AUGAUCUCAUCAAUUUAUUUCCUCACAUUUUCUUCAUUAUUUUCCAAAAAACGAACUUUAUAUUUUAGUAUAGAAAUGGGAGGAACAGGGAGUAUAAACUGCGGAUGUUUCGCUGUUAUUAGUUCAGCUUGCAAAGGAGUCAGCUCAUAUUUGCAUCCGAAGCCUAGCUAUGAAAAGCUUUCAAUACUGGAAGAAGAUAACAUUUAUCCAGCUGGGCUUCUUUCAGAUCAAGAAAUCCAAAAACUUCUAAAUGAGAGUUUAGAUAUCUAUGGGUCCUGCAAAGAUGCUAAAACUAGUCAAGAGCUCCCUAAAAUUGAAGAAUGCACAACAAAUUUUGAUAAUUCUUAUUAA